AGCUGGAUAAUCAACCGCUCACACCAAAUGUCCGUACUUUGACAAAUAUUUUAAAUAACGAAUCGGAUGUAGACUAUAUGAGAUAUAAACCUGUAGAAAUCGAUGAUCCCAGUCGGCACCCGUCGGUUAUUCUCUGUUCGAGUGGCACCACGGGCUUGCCGAAAGGAGUGACGCUGUCUCAUAAAAAUCUAAUGGCGUUUUUAACAAAAUUUAGCAUGCCCGAGAACCUGGACACAAGAAGCAAUGACAGAAUAUUGGUACUGGUACCGUUUUAUCAUGGCUACGGGGUGGGCAUGCUGUUACUCGGUCUUUUCGCGAAUUGCACCUUGAUCAUAAUGCCCGCCUUCGAGCCGCGACUCUUCCUAACCCUGGUGCAGGAAUAUAAGAUCACCCAUCUGCCGGUGGUGCCGCCAAUUCUGACGUUCUUGGCGAAACAUCCGCUGGUAGAUACGUACGACUUUCGCAGCGUGAGAGAACUCCUCUGCGGAGCGGCGCCGCUUGCGAAGGACGUCGUAACUGCGGUGAAGGCUCGCAUCGGCAUAAAAUGCGUUCGCAAUGGCUAUGGCAUGACAGAAUUGUCGAUGGCGACUAAUUUGAGCGGACGCGACGAUGAUGAUAACGAGUUCGAAAAUCUAGGUUGCGGGCAAAUUUUCCCUGGUUUUCUCGGCAAAGUGG